AUAGAGAUAAGCUGCUCUGUUCAUUCUCAUUUCCACCUGCCAUUCCCAGACCAAUAUGACUAAGCUCAUGCUCCUCGUCCGAGGAGCAGCACUACUGCUUUGUCUAUUGAUCUCCCAAGCAACAUCCACUUCCCAUGGCCAAGCGAGUGCGUCAGGAGCCUGCAUCGCAAGCGAGCGAGAUGCGCUUCUGUCCUUCAAGGCAAGCCUCCUGGACCCUGCUGGCCGUCUCUCGUCAUGGCAGGGUGAGGAUUGUUGCCAAUGGAAGGGAGUCCGCUGCAGCAACAGAACGGGCCAUCUCAUCAAGCUCAACCUCCGCAACAUCGACAUGCGUGACUACGGGUACGCAACCAUCUCAUCAAGCCGCCCGAACAGCAGCAGAUCAGUGAGCUUGUCGGUAGGUCAGAUGAGCUCUUCUUUGGCUACUUUACAACACCUGAGAUAUCUUGAUCUGAGUUGGAAUGACUUCAAGGGCACAAGCAUCCCUGUCUUUUUGGCUUCUCUCAAGAACCUAAGGUACCUCAACCUAUCGUCGGCAGGAUUCAGUGGGAGAAUUCCUUCCCAACUUGGCAAUCUCUCAAAGUUGCAAUAUCUUGAUCUCAGUUGGAAUUCUAAUUAUGUUGAUUGGAAUUGGAAUAGGUUUUACAUAGUGGAUCUUGCAUGGUUGCCACGUCUCUCUUUGUUGAGACAUCUUGACAUGAGUUAUGUGGAUCUUGGUUCUGCGAGGGAUUGGUUUCGGAGUGUUAAUAUGCUUCCUUCUCUUAAAGUGCUUGGCUUGUCCAGUUGUGGACUCAACAGUACCAUGUCUGGUAGUAUACCACAUCCCAACCUCACAAAUCUCGAAGUCCUUGAUAUGUCCGAGAACACCUUCCACACUUCACUGAAGCACGCGUGGUUUUGGAAUCUCACAGGCCUUAAAGAGCUUCACCUCUCAGAUUCCGGCUUGGAAGGGUCCAUUCCUAGUGAUUUGGCAUACAUGACGUCCCUUCAAGUCAUAGACUUUAGUGGGAAUGAUCUCGUGGGUUUGAUACCAAACAAAUUAGAAAAUUUGUGCAAUUUGACAAGGAUGAGGUUCACUGGUAUCAACAUAGGUUCAAGCAUAGGCGAGUUCAUGGGGCGAUUGCCAAAAUGCUCAUGGACUACACUGCAAGAAUUGUCAGUGGAUGGUACAAAUAUGACCGGGAAUCUGCCAAUUUGGAUUGGGAACAUGACCAAUCUCAGUGUUCUUCAAGCACGUAGAAACAUAUUGACUGGCCCUCUGCCUGAAGGAGUUGGAGCACUGGGUAAUUUAAAAAUGUUGGACAUCAGCUAUAAUAACUUCAGCGGUGUGUUCUCGAAAGAACAAUUUGCAAGCUUGGGGAAAUUAGAGCUUUUGGACCUCAGCCACAAUAAGUUUAACGGUGUGCUCUUGAGAGAACAUUUUGCAAGUUUGGGCAAUUUAAGGCUUUUGGACCUCAGCUACAACAACUUCUGUGGUGUGCUCUGGAAGGAACACUUUGCAAGUUUAGGCAAUUUAGAGAAAUUGGACCUCAGCUAUAAUAACUUUAGUAAUUUUCUCUUGAAAGAAUACUCCACAAGUUUAGGUAAUUUAAGGCAUUUGGACUUCAGCCAUAAUAAGCUAAAUGGUGUGCUCACGGAGGAGCAUUUUGCUGGCCUAUUAAAUUUAGAGUAUCUUGACUUAUCGUAUAACUCUUUAAGAUUGGCUAUCAACCAAAAAUGGGUCCCUCCAUUCCGAUUGAAGGUUGCACGUUUCCAGUCAUGCCAAUUGGGCCCCAGUUUCCCAAAGUGGCUUAGAUGGCAAUCUGACAUUGAUGUUCUUAUUCUCAGUGAUGCAAAUUUGGAUGAUGUCAUUCCUGAUUGGUUUUGGGUGACAUUUUCUCGAUCUACGUCAUUGCUAGCAUCAGGAAACAAAUUGCAUGGAUCGUUACCGGAGGAUCUACGACACAUGUCAGCUGACCAUAUAUAUCUUGGGUCCAAUAAGUUUAUAGGUCAAGUUCCACAGUUGCCUGUGAAUAUAUCACGACUAAACCUAUCUUCAAACUGUUUAUCUGGGUCAUUGCCAUCAGAGCUAAAUGCCCCACUACUGAAAGAGUUUCUGCUUGCAAACAAUCAAUUUACAGGCAUGAUCUCAUCGUCUAUAUGCCAGUUGACAGGUCUGAAUAGGUUGGACUUAUCAGGAAACCAUUUUACAGGAGACAUUAUUCAAUGCUGGAAAGAAUCUGAUGCAAACUCAGCAAACCAAUUUGGGUCUGACAUGCUCAGUUUAGCCCUAAAUAACAACAAUUUCACUGGUGAAUUCCCCAAAUUUCUCCAAAGGUCAUCACGAUUAAUGUUCCUUGAUCUAUCUUACAAUAGGUUAUUUGGAAGAUUGCCAGAAUGGCUGCCAGAAAAAAUGCCACAAUUGAAAAUAUUAAGAGUGAGAUCGAAUAUGUUCAGUGGUCAAAUUCCUAAGGAUAUCACUUCCCUUGGCAGUCUUCACUAUUUGGACAUUGCACACAACAACAUAUCAGGAAACGUACCAUCGUCUUUGUCAAACCUGAAGGCAAUGAUGACAGUGGUUUCGCAGGACACAGGGGAUUACAUUUAUGAAGAGAGCAUCCCAGUAAUCACAAAGGACCAAAAGCGUGACUACACCUUUGCAAUCUACCAGCUAUUGGUAGUUCUUGAUUUGUCAAGUAAUAGUUUGGCAGGACAUGUCCCAGAGGAGAUAACUUCACUCAUUGGGCUUACCAAUCUGAACCUGUCAAAGAAUGAACUCACCGGAGCAAUCCCAAACCAAAUCGGUGAUUUAAGGCAGUUGGACUCACUCGACCUAUCCUUCAAUGAGUUUUCUGGUUCAAUACCAUCAAGUUUGUCAGCUUUAACUUAUUUGAGCCACUUGAACUUGUCAUACAACAAUCUGUCCGGUGCAAUACCAUCCGGACAACAGCUACAAACUCUUGAUAAUCAGAUGUAUAUCUACAUCGGUAACCCUGGUCUUUGUGGAGAUCCUGUCGGCAGGAACUGCUCAACACAUGAUGCAGAGCAAAGUGACCUCGAAGAUAUAGAUCAUAUGCCAUCUGUUUAUCUUGCCAUGAGCAUUGGAUUUGUGGUGGGUCUGUGGACAGUUUUCUGCACCAUGUUGAUGAAGAGAACAUGGAGGGCUGUCUUCUUCCAGUUUGUUGACAUGAUGUAUGACAUGGUUUAUGUGCAAGUGGCUGUAAGGUGGGCUCACAUGAUGGAGAAAACUCAAGACGGUGCACCAUGAAGUGCCCAACUCCACGACAAGCGAAUUGUUUGUAUCUAAAUAUUAUUUGUAUCUUCGCACCAUAUCUCUAUUUGGAACUCUAAGGGGCCUUGGCUGGACGCAUGUAUUAUACUGAUGUAUUGGUAUUUGUAUGUUUGUACUGUAACAAAUGAAGUGUACUCCCUCCGUUCCUAAAUAUAAGACCUUUUAGAGAUUGCAUUAUGAA